GCGGGCCCGGGCCGCGGCGGCGGCGGCUGGGGCUGGGGCCGGAGCCGCGGCGCCGUGCUGCUGCUCUUCUUCUCGCUGUCGCCGCGGCCGCCGGCCGCCGCCGCCUGGCUGCUGGGGCUGCGGCCCGAGGACACGGCCCCCGGCCGGGUGUCCCUGGAGGGCGGCGCGGUGCAGGCGGCCGAGGGCAGCCGCUUCCUGCUGCGCCUCUACUUCCAGCCGCCGCCCGAGGGCAACGGGAGCCGCGGGCCGGCGGGCGAGCGGGAGCCGCGGCUGGUGUUCAUCGAGGAGCCGGCGGCGGGGAAGGCGGCGCGGGGCCCGGCGGAGCGGUGCCGGGAGCGCAGCGCCUGGGCCUCGGACGUGGAGGUGGUGGGCCCGCUGCGCUCGGGGGGCUCGGCGGGCUCGGCGCUGGCCGAGGUGCGGGUGCGGGAGCCGCGCAAGGGCGAGGCGGCGGCGGGCCCGGCGGGGCGGCUCUUCUCGCUGUGCGCCUGGGACGGGCGGGCCUGGGCGCACCACGGCGCGGCGGGCGGCUUCCUGCUGCGGGUGCGGCCGGCCGCGCCGGCGCUGGGCGCCUGGCUGCUGCCGCUGCCCGAGGCGGGCUGGCUGCGGGCGCUGGGCGCCCUGCUGCUGCUGGGGCUCUCGGCGCUCUUCAGCGGGCUGCGCCUCUCGCUGCUCUCGCUGGACCCGCUGGAGCUGCGCGUCCUGCGCAACAGCGGCUCGGCCGCGGAGCGGGAGCAGGCGCGGCGGGUGCAGGCGGUGCGCGGCGGCGGCGGCACCUACCUGCUGUGCACGCUGCUGCUGGGGCAGGCGGGGGCCAACGCGGCGCUGGCCGGCUGGCUCUGCGCCUCGCUGCCCGGCGGCGCGGCGGCGGCCGGGGGCCCGCGGGGAGCGCCCUGGCUGCCGGUGCUGCUCUGCGCCGCCGCCGUCUUCCUCGGGGGCGAGGUGCUGCCCUACUCGGUGUGCUCGCGGCACGGGCUGGCCAUCGCGUCGCGCACGCUCUGCCUCACCCGGCUGCUGAUGCUGGCCGCCUUCCCCCUGUGCUACCCGCUGAGCCGGCUGCUGGACUGGGCGCUGCGGCAGGAGCUCAGCGCCUUCUCCACGCGCGAGCGGCUGCUGGAGACGCUGCGCGCCGCCGGACCCCACGGCGACCUGGUGCGGGAGGAGCUGGCCAUGGUGCAGGGCGCGCUGGAGCUGCGCACCAAGGUGGUGGAGGACGUGCUCACGCCGCUGGCCGACUGCUUCAUGUUGCGUGCCGACGCCGUGCUGGACUUCGCCACCGUCUCCGAGAUCCUCCGUUCCGGCUACACCCGCAUCCCUGUCUACGAGGGCGACCGGCGCGACAACAUCGUGGACCUGCUGUUCGUCAAGGACCUGGCCUUCGUGGACCCCGAUGACUGCACGCCCCUGCAGACCGUCACUCGCUUCUACCGCCGCCCGCUCCACUGUGUCUUCAACGACACGCGCCUCGACACGCUGCUCGAGGAGUUCAAGAAGGGGAAGUCUCACCUGGCCAUUGUGCAACGGGUGAACAACGAAGGGGAAGGAGACCCGUUCUACGAGGUGAUGGGUAUUGUCACCUUGGAGGAUGUCAUUGAGGAGAUCAUCAAAUCUGAGAUCCUGGAUGAGACGGAUCUGUACACAGACAACCGGAAGAAGGAGCGGGUGCCCCACCGGGGGCGCAAGCCCCAGGACUUCUCCAUCUUCAGACUCUCAGACAGUGAGAUGAAGGUGAAGAUCUCCCCACAGCUCCUGCUGGCUACACAUCGGUUUAUGGCAACAGAAGUUGAGCCUUUCAAGUCACCCUACCUCUCUGAGAAGAUCCUGCUGCGGCUCCUGAAACAUCCCAACGUCAUCCAGGAGCUCAAGUAUGACCGGAAGAACAAGAAGGCCUUGGAGCAUUACCUCUUCCAGCGCAACCGCCCUGUUGACUACUUCGUUCUCAUCCUGCAGGGGAAAGUAGAGGUGGAGGUUGGCAAAGAAGGGUUGCGUUUUGAGAAUGGGGCAUUCACCUACUACGGUGUCCCAGCCAUCAUGGCUGUCAUCUCUUCAGAUAAUGAUGUGCGAAAAGUGAGCAGCCUGGCUGGAUCCUCCUUCCUACUGCCUGUCUCAGUGUCCCGCACCUUCGCCUUCAGCAGAGGGGACUCCCUGGCCGGAUCCCCAGUAAACAGGUCCCCGUCCCGGUGCAGCGGGCUGAACCGCUCCGAGUCCCCGAACCGGGAGCACAACGACUACGGAGGCAGCACCACCCAGCUCUACAGCAGCAGCAACAACAUCUACACCCCCGACUACUCCGUGCACAUCCUCUGCGACGUGCAGUUUGUCAAGAUCACCCGGCAGCAGUACCAGAACGCGCUGGCAGCCAGCCGCAUGGACAGCUCGCCCCAGUCCCCGGACAUGGAGGCUUUCAACGACAGGGAUUCGACCAAGGCCUCGACAGCUCGGGGAACCCCCCAGACGCCCAAAGAGGACACCGCUGCCCUCCUGAACGAGAGGAACAGCAUCACGUGUGGCCGGGCUGAUGGGCUGCACAGCCCCAGUGAGUCCGUGUUCCUGCGCAUGGAGGGGAUCCCUUUCAUCCAGGAGGAGCUGGCUGACAACGAGGAAAACAGCAAGCAGCAGAACAGUGAGUGCUGCAGCACUGCCCUGGACGUGGAGUCCCCAGGCCGAGAGGCUGGGGCCAGCUCAUCUCCAAGCAGCUCCGAGGAGACCCUGGGCAGGAGGCUGCUGAGAUCGCUGAGUGGGCGCAAGCAGCGGCAGUCACCAGAGGGCGAACAGAUACCAGAGGAGAGCUCCAAUCUUGCCCCAUUAAUCACCUGAGUGGUAACGCGGCUGGAGCACAGUGCUGGAGGCCCACGCAGGUUGGAGGUCUGCAGCAUGGGGGUCUCCUGCCAUGAGUCUCAUGUUCAACAGCAGCAGGUCUGCACUUGCUUACUGCCCGCCUGCCUGCCAAUGCCACCCCUCCUUGCAGGACUUGUGCAGAGCCCCAUCCCCAGGAGAGAAAAGAUAGGCCCCCUGGAAGGGGCUGAACCAGCCCGGGCAGCCUGGACCAGCUAGUCGGAGUCUGAGGGCCUUGCCCAGCUGCUCCCUGGUAGCAUCUGGUCUCAAGGAAGAGAUGGAGAAGUAUCUGACACAGUGUCUCUGCAGGCAGAGCAGGGAGGGGUGACCCAACCCAGAACUGCCCUUAGCAUCAUUUACCAUCCCCAUCCCAGCGAGGCCUGGAGCCCUGCAGUGCUGGGUGCUGCACGGAUGUGGUCUCCACCAUAAGGAGCAUCUGCUGUUCAGGGGUGCCACGUGCAGCUCAGGGCCCCAGUAGACAUAUGUGCUGUGCCUAGUGACAUACACAGUCACAGCACCUUGUGCAUACUGACCAUCAACACAGCUCAGUGCUCCCAAAUGCCUGCAAGCCACAGGGAAGGGAGCCUAAUGCCCCACUGAGUGUUCCCUUCCCUUUCUGGGAAGGGCCACUCCAUUCUGCAUUUAACCAUCCUCCUCUCUGCACAUGGCUACCUGUGCGAGGGAGGCUCAUGCUGAGCCUUCAGGUUGGUACAGACCAGUCAGUAGUUUUUUUGCAGAGGCUGAAUGCAACGGGGAUAUUAACAUUAAAAGUGAG